UCAGAGCAGCUCUGGGUGUUCAGGGGCCAAGAUGGCGGCGCGCCGGGGACGGAGAGACCGAGCCGCGCCGCCUCCGACCGGGGGCCCGGGUCCUGACCCUGGCGGUGGAGUUCGCGGCGGCGGUUGGGCGAGUCGGAGCCAAGCGCCGCAUGGGACCGUGGGCGCCGACAGUGCCGCGGACCAGGUCCAUGAGGAGGGGGAAGACUCUAGCUUUGCAAACCUUCCUCGGCUGGGCCCAUCUCUGAGGGAGAAAGACCUGGAAAUGGAGGAGCUGAUGCUGCAAGAUGAGACACUACUGGAGACCAUGCAGAGCUACAUGGAUGCCUCCCUCAUAUCCCUUAUUGAGGAUUUUGGGAGUCUUGGAGAGAGCAGGUUAUCUCUGGAGGACCAGAAUGAAAUGUCGCUGCUCACCGCUCUGACGGAGAUCUUGGACAAUGCAGAUUCUGAGAACCUGUCUCCGUUUGACAGCAUUCCCGAUUCAGAGCUGCUUGCCUCUCCUCGGGAGAGCUCCUCUCUGCACAAGCUACUCACUCUGUCUCGGACACCCCCAGAACGUGACCUCAUCGCCCCAAUCGACCCUUUGGGGCCCAGCAUAGGCAGUAGUAGGGUAAGCCAGGUUGAGAUGUCCCUUGCAGAUUCUCCUUGGGACUUGUCUCCACCUCCGUUCUUGGAGACUUCUUCCCCUAAGCUGCCUAGCUGGAGACUCUCAAGAGCAAGACCUCGAUGGGGUCAGUCCCCUCCUCCCCAACAGCGCAGUGAUGGAGAGGAGGAGGAAGAGGUUGCCAGCUUCAGUGGUCCAAUACCUGCUGGGGAACUCGACAACUCAGUGAACAGCUUGGACUUCCCCAUGCACCUGGCAUGCCCUGAGGAAGAAGACAGGUCAAUAGCAGCAAAGGUGACAAUGCCAGCAUCUGGUGAUGAGAGCAUCUCCUCAUUGAGUGAACUAGUACGGGCCAUGCAUCCAUACUGCUUGCCCAGCCUCACCCACUUGGCAUCACUUGAGGGUGAGCUUCAGGAACAGGCCGAAGAUUUGACGCUGCCUGAGGGUUGUGUGGUGCUGGAGAUUGUGGGCCAGGCAGCCACAGCUGGAGAUGACCUGGAGAUCCCAGUUGUGGUGCGGCAGAUUCCUUCUGGGUCGCAGUCUAUGCUCCUGGACGAGUCAGGAGGGCCCAGUCCUGCCUUACAGCUACUCAUGCCCACCGUGGAGUCCGGGACAGAAGCUGCUGUGCCUGAGGUUGCCCCUUGCUCUGAUCAAGAGUUAUCUCUGACCUCUGCCUGUUUAUUGGAGCCCAAGGAAAUCGUAGAGUCAUUGGCACCGAAGGAGCCUCAGAACCCACUGGCCAGUGCAGUUCAGGGUUCUCAGAGAGUUCCCAGAAAGGGCAGGAAGAAAAAGAACAAGGAGCAGCCAGCAGCCUCUUUGGAAGGCUAUACCAGGAAGCUGAGGUCAUCUUCUCGUGGACAGUCUACUGUGACCACGGAGGGGAGCUCUCAGGCAGGCAACGUACAGAAACAGCCUCAGGAAGAACUUCGGAGAAACACUGGGGCUCCUCAGAGCAGGGGGAAGCCACGUGCUUGGGCUCGGGCAUGGGCUGCUGCCUUGGAGAAGACUGGGUCGGAGGACUUGGAGAGAAGUGCAGGACUAGAUGGCAGUCCUACUGAAGAGGAUGAUCUAGAUCUCGGUCCUACACUGGUGGAGACAGGCCAGGCCGAGCUGCCGUUAAACCACUCUGCCCAAGCUGCCGCUAUGCCGCUCGACUCUGUUGAAACUGGCUCCACUCAGGGCCGUGCUGUAGCUGAUGCUAAACCUGUUGACCAGGCUUCAGCUAGAGCAGAGCUGGUUGGUCCUCUACCAGUAGGCCCAGUGUUAACUGGCCCAGUCCUGACUGAUAGGACAGGAGUUGAACCUGUAGUGGCUAUUCCCAUUUCAGAUAACUUGUCUCCAACUAAUGCUCUUCCAGCUAACACAGCACCAGCUGACCCUGUCCCAAAUGAUCAGGCUCCAGUUGAUCCUGUGCUAGUUAAGACCAGACCCACUGACCCCAGACGUGCAGCAGCAGCAGCUCAGGGGAGCCGCCCGCCCCUGGAGUCCUCAGACCGUCUGAAAGACAUCACUACUGGAGUCAAGGAUGCUGUAGGUUCUACAACCCAGGAAGCCAGACCUCGGCCUCUCAGCCUGUCUGAGUAUCGUCAGCGAAGGCAGCAACGGCAAGCAGAGACAGAAGACAGGAAUUCUCAGCCCCCAGCCAGCAAGUGGCCUAGUCUCCCAGAGACCCCCAAAGGGCUGGCAGAUAUCCCUUGUCUUGUUCCGCCAGCACCAGCCAAGAAGACAGCUCCACAGAGAAACUCUGUAGUUAUGCCAGAGACUUGUUCUGUGUCUGUGGGUUCCAGCCCUGCUUCCCCUAGCCCCGAGCCAUCUGCAAGCAAACUUAUGGUUUCCACUCACUCUGAACAGUUGCCAUCUCAUGAGAUGCCACUUCCAGCUAGACCACCCCCUCCCACCCUGCAGUCUGUAUCUGCUGCUGGGCCCAUCCCUCCCACAGUGCCCACUCCUUUGCCUUUUCCUCCAGGCAUACCUCCUCUGCUUUCUCUUCCUUCAAGUGGCCAUGGAGUCCCCGGUCUGCCCCCACCACCCUUGCAACCUGCUGGACUUCCAGUGUCAAUGAGACAAAUUCCAUCUGAACCCUAUACUCACUACACCCCUGUGCCGCCCUGGCCUUGUUAUCCCUCUGUGUCCCCAUCUGGCUAUUCUUGUCUGCCCCCACCACCAACGAUGCCCAUGGUGUCUGCUACUCCUGGUACCUAUGCUGUACCCCCGACUUGCAAUGUGCCUUGGGUACCCCCUCCUGCACCAGUUUCACCUUACAGCUCCAGCUGUGCCUAUGGGCCCCUAGGGUGGGGCCCAGGGCUGCAACAGCCUCCGUUCUGGUCUACUAUUUCUCCACCUCCAUUGUCUUCUGCCUCUACUGGAAGAGUUAUUCCCCCAUCCAAUAUGGAGCCCGGUAGUAAUCCAGCUGGGCCUUCUGAAGAUGUGCUUCCUGUGCCAGUGUCUCCUUCCUUGAGUUCUGGGCCAGCCAGCCCCGUAGCUCCACCAAUAGAGCCUACAAAGCCGGAGGUCCAGCCAGUGCCUGUAUCUCCCCAACCGAAACACAAAGUGUCCACCCUGGUACAAAGUCCCCAGAUCAAGACUCCACCAAGUCUGUCUGCUGAGUGUGUAGCUACUGGGGAGUCUGCAUCAGAGAGGCUAAAGCCUGAGGCCCAGGAGAGCAGACCAAGAGAGAAGCCCCUGCCGACGGCUAACAAGGCUGUUCCCAUAGCAAGGCAGAGCACUGUGGCAAAGCUGCCUGCGGCCCAUCCAGCCCGUCUGAGGAAGCUCUCCUUCCUGCCCCCACCAUGUACUCAGGGUCCUGAGGACGUGGUCCAGGCAUUCAUCAGUGAGAUUGGAAUUGAAGCAUCAGACCUGUCUAGUCUGUUGGAGCAGUUUGAGAAAUCAGAAGCCAAAAAGGAGUGUCCUCUCGCGGCUCCUGCUGACAGCUUGGCUGUAGGAAACUCAGGCAUUGACACUCCCCAGGAGAAGAGACCCCUAGACCGGUUACAAGCCCCAGAACUGGCCAACGUGGCAGGGCUCACCCCUCCAGCUACCCCUCCCCACCAAUUAUGGAAACCCCUGGCUGCUGUCUCACUCUUGGCCAAAGCCAAAUCUCCUAAAUCUACUGCCCAGGAGGGAACUCUGAAGCCUGAAGGAGUUACAGAGGCCAGACAUCCAGCUGCAGCCUGCCUCCAAGAAGGGGUCCAUGGCCCUAGUCCAGUCCACGUGGGCUCUGGGGACCAUGACUAUUGUGUCCGAAGCAGGACACCCCCCAAAAAGAUGCCUGCCCUAGUCAUUCCAGAGGUGGGCUCCCGAUGGAAUGUCAAGCGCCAUCAGGACAUCACCAUCAAACCUGUCUUGUCAUUGGGCCCAGCUGUUCCCCUACUUCCAUGCACAACUACUUUCCAGGAGCCACUUGAUCACAGGACUAGCAAUGAGCAGGCAGAUCCUUCAGCGCCCUGUCUUGCCCCAUCCACCUUGCUGUCUCCUGAGGCCUCACCCUGCCGGAAUGACAUGAGCACUAGGACUCCCUCUGAGCCCCCAGGCAAGCAGAGGUCAAUGCGCUGUUACCGGAAAGCCUGCAGAUCAGUCAGCCCCCCAAGUCGGGCCUGGCAGGGCCGCCGUGGCCGCAGCAGCCGGUCUGUCAGCUCUGGGUCCAACCGGACCAGUGAAGCAUCCUCAUCCUCAUCGGUGUCUUCCUCAUCCCGGUCCCGGUCCAGGUCCCUCUCCCCCCCACACAAGAGGUGGCGAAGGUCCAGCUGCAGUUCCUCUGGACGUUCCAGAAGGUGUUCAUCCUCUUCUUCUUCUUCCUCUUCCUCAUCCUCAUCCUCCAGUUCCAGAAGCCGAUCUCCCUCCCUGUCCCCUCAUAGAAGUGACCGGAGGCACCGGUACAGCACUUACCGUUCACAUGACCAUUACCAAAGGCAGAGAGUGCUGCAGAAGGAACGUGCAAUAGAAGAAAGAAGGGUAGUCUUCAUUGGGAAGAUUCCUGGCCGGAUGACUCGGUCAGAGCUGAAACAGAGGUUCUCUGUUUUUGGAGAGAUUGAGGAGUGCACCAUUCAUUUUCGUGUCCAAGGUGACAACUAUGGUUUCGUCACUUACCGCUAUGCUGAAGAGGCAUUUGCAGCCAUUGAGAGUGGCCACAAGCUGCGGCAGGCGGACGAGCAGCCCUUUGACCUCUGCUUCGGGGGCCGCAGGCAGUUCUGCAAGAGGAGUUACUCUGACCUCGACUCCAACCGGGAAGACUUCGACCCUGCCCCUGUAAAGAGCAAAUUCGACUCUCUUGACUUUGAUACAUUGUUGAAACAGGCCCAGAAGAACCUGAGGAGGUAACCCUGGGCGCUCCUCCCCUCCCAUUUGUUCUAGAGGUGCCCAACCUCUUCUCAUCCCCUCCCCCACUCCAGGGGAGAGAGCUGCUAGUGUGGAAAUGACUGUUUUAUAAGGAAAUGGAAAAAAGUUAAAUAAAAAUGUGUUAACUCUGGAUUUUUAGGUGGUAUUUGUUUUUUUUUAAAUAACAGGCAUUGAAUAAGUUAACAUGCAUUUCUAUGUACGCUGGGUCUGAGGGGACUGUCUAAUAAACAUGAAUUUAGAACUCCUUGUUUUGUGCUUCUUUCUAUGUGCUGGUGUCAAGUGCACACAGUAUCUAGUAUCUGUGGACACAUUAGGGCAGCGCUUACCUUAACUGAGGUCCCAGGACCCCUCUACUGGGGAGGUGU